UAAAGGUUUUCGCAAACACACUGCUAUUGGGUUAAAAAUUGAUCAUGAUUUUUGUUAAAAGCCUUGUCAUUCUUGUUACAGUUUUUCAAAUUUCAUUAGGAAAACUAACCAGAAUUUACGACAAUUCAACUUUCCUCGACCGGGCAAAUACCUCAGCAGUCAAAUUUUCUUGGACGUAUGAAGCAAGCCAAGAUGUCUUGUUGAUGGCGUUGGAGGUCAAGGCGACUGGUUGGAUUGGUUUUGGAUUCGCGAAAAAAAUCUUUCAAAUGCAAGGCUAUGAUGUGAUUAUUGGAAAAGUUGAAAAUGGAAAAGGAACAUUCACGGACAGACAUACAGUAGGGUACAAGGAGCCACUUGGUGACUAUCAACAAGAUUAUAAUAUGACUUACUAUGAAGAGGUCAAUGGUACAACUACACUGGAGUUUCACAGGAAAAGACUGACUGGAGACUCAAAGGACUUGGAUAUCAAGCUUGGCCCGAUGCUGCUUGUGUAUGCCUACCAUUCAACAGCAGAUUAUCCUUCUCCUUACAAAACCAAACACGAUCACCAGGGAUACAAAACAGUGGUUCUUCUACCAUGGGACACAAAAAUACCUCAAAAUAUCACAUCUACCAUCAAUCCACAAGCAACAAGUACAACAACACGACUGAGAAGCCAAAUACAUACGACUAUAAGAUCAUCCUCCAUUGCUAUGCCUACAAGCAAACUUCCUAUAUUCAAACCGCUGACCACUACUUUCGUUGUUCUGGGCUCACCAAUCACAUCUUCAACACCAAUAAGCAAAAACUUGAAUCCAACGGCUUCAGAGCAGAGAACUAUGUCAUUGGCAAUGUUGCCUACGAUAAUGCCAUCAUCGUCAAUGAUGUCGACUUCUAUUGUGACGUCAUCUUCGGUGACGUCAUCGUUGUCAUCACCGCAUUCUUCGGCCAACGUAAGAGUUGGUCUUCGUACAAAGAUAACAAACCUCCGAUAUGAAGUUAUCGAAGACAAAACGAAACCUGAUUACCUAAAGUUCAAGAGUGAGCUGGAAAAAUACUUGGAAAGAAGAAAACAUAUCUGGAAAGCUGUAGUGACAGAAAUAAG